GGCCCCCAGCGCUGCUCCCCGCUGAGCGGAGGGGUGGAGUGAAGCAGCAGAGGCUUUAGCUGCGCCUUAUGCAAGGAGCUGGGAGCGCAGCAGGAACCACAGCACCGAGAGUCCCCACCCAGCAAGUGCCUGUCUGACAGGAGGUCGCGCUAGUCACUUGUUUGCUCUUGUUGUUCCCAUGUUACCCUUUUGGGUAACCGGCGCCGCAGCUGGGAUUGUCUUCCUGCAUCUUAUCCAGAAACUCCUCUUCCCCUACUUCUGGCACGACCUGAAAUACCUGCUUAAAGUGAUAAAGUAUGGGCUGACCUUGGAGAUCUACAGACUGCGAGGGAAGAUUUUCACGGUGCUGGACAGGUUUGUGAAACAAGCUGAAAGGCAGCCCAACAAGCCAUUCAUCCUGUAUGAAGGGGAUGUUCACACCUACCAGGAUGUGGAUAGGAGGAGUAACAGGGUAGCUCAGGUCUUCCUGCAACAGGGAGCUCUGAAAAAGGGGGAUACGGUGGCCCUGCUGAUGAGUAAUGAACCCGACUUCAUCCAUGUGUGGUUUGGAGUGGCCAAGCUGGGCUGUGUGGUGGCUUUCCUCAACUUCAACAUCCGAUCCAGGUCUCUUCUGCAUUGUAUCAGCAGCUGUGAGUCCAAGAUACUCAUUGUGGGAGAAGAUAUGCUUGGGACAUUAGAGGAAAUUCUUCCCAACCUCCAAAAAGAUAUUGGUGUUUGGGUAAUGACAAGAGACUGCACUCUGCCACGUGUUAAUACCCUUCUAGACAAACUGGAAGCUGCAUCUGAAGACCGUGUACCAGUUAAUCUCUGCUCUGCAAACAACCUCAAGUCCUCCGUACUCUACAUUUUUACCUCAGGAACAACAGGGCUACCAAAAGCUGCAGUUAUCAGUCAUCUGCAGAUUCUAAAAGGAGCUGCUGGAUUAUGGGCAUUUGGUGCUACUGCAUAUGACACUGUUUAUAUAACUCUCCCUCUUUACCACAGUGCAGCUUCUCUCCUUGGCAUUGGUGGAUGUAUUGAAUUGGGUGCAACUUGUGUCUUAAGAAAGAAAUUCUCAUCUAGUCAGUUCUGGAGUGACUGCAAAAAGUACAAUGUGACUGUUAUCCAGUAUAUUGGAGAACUUUGUCGUUAUCUUUGCAAUCAACCUGUGAAAGAAGGAGAAAAAGAUCACAAAGUUCGCUUGGCAGUUGGAAAUGGAGUAAGGAGUGAUGUAUGGAGAGAAUUUUUAGGCCGAUUUGGUGACAUCAAGAUGUGUGAGUUUUAUGGGGCUACUGAAGGAAACAUUUGUUUCAUGAACCACACCGGGAAAAUUGGAUCUGUGGGACGUACUAAUUUCUUUUAUAAGCUUUUUUCCCCUUUUGACUUAAUCAAGUAUGAUUUUAAAAAAGAUGAACCCAUUAGAAAUAGGCAUGGUUGGUGUGAGAAGGUUAAGAAAGGUGAGGCUGGUCUUCUCAUUUCCAAAGUGAAUGCAAAGAAUCCCUUCUUUGGCUAUGCUGGGAGUAAGAAACAUACGGAAAAGAAAUUACUCUGCGAGGUGUUUAAGAAGGGAGACAUUUAUUUUAAUACAGGGGAUCUGAUGGUUCAAGACCAAGAGAAUUUUCUUUACUUUUGGGACAGGAUCGGGGAUACUUACAGAUGGAAAGGAGAGAAUGUUGCAACCACUGAAGUUUCUGAUGUCAUUGGUAUGUUGGACUUCAUACAGGAAGCCAAUGUAUAUGGUGUUCCUGUGCCAGAUCAUGAAGGAAAAGCAGGAAUGGUCUCUGUUAUUUUGAAGCCCAAUAAAUCAUUAGAUUUGGAACAAAUGUAUGAACAAGUUGUGACAUAUCUACCAGGUUAUGCUUGCCCGCUAUUUUUAAGACUCCAGGAAACAAUGGAAAUGACAGGAACUUUCAAACAACAAAAAUUUCGGUUGGUGAGAGAAGGCUUUAAUCCAUCUGCAAUCACUGAUCCACUUUAUUUUUUAUACAGUUCUAAAAAAUCUUAUGUUCCAUUAACCAAAGAACUUCAUGACAAGAUCUUAUCUGGGCAGCUGAAACUUUAAUUAGUGUUAAAUUAACAGACUUGUUAACUACUUUGUAAGAAGCAACAAGUGCACUAAGUAAUAUUUCUAUGUAGUUUGUAUUCUUGAUAUUUUGCAGCCAUACCUUUUUGGAUUCAGAAGUUUUACUACACCUUUCAUUUUUGACCGUCACUGAACGCUAAUAAUUUUCUACCUCCUGAAACACCAAAUAGUUAUAUUACUUAUAAAACAUGUUUAAAAUACAUCAUCUUUGUGAUAUAGAAUCAUAGAAUAUCAGGGUUGGAAGGGACCUCAGGAGAUCAUCUAGUCCAACCCACUGCUCAAAGCAGGACCAAUAUCCAGACAUGUUUUUGCUCCAGAUCCCUGAAUGGCCCCCUGAAGGAUUGAAGUCAUAAGCCUGGGUUUAGUAGGCCAAUGCUCAAACCACUGAGCUAUCCCUCCCCUAUGUCUUGAACAUUUUUCUAUAUCAGACAUGAAUGAGUGAUAUUUACAGAAAAAUAAUAUACACAGAAAUAAAUUAUAUUGGAAAAAUAUACUAGUGUUAGUACUGUUGCUUGAGACUAACAUCUAUUUUACUGUAGUUAAUAGUUUUCCUGUACAUUUCAUAAAGCCUAAUGAUUAUUUAUAAAAUGAUAAUAUUAAAAAGGAACUGAAGAAAGGUAGGGAGAGAAACACAACAAACUAUAAUUUUCCUGCUCUAUGAAAACAUUGACUUAAACUGCUUAGGUUCAAUACAUGGAAAGCAUACAGUGUACAUUGUUUUUAUCUCCUUCCUUCAUGGCAUCUGGAUCUUGGUUCUGUCCUCAUCUGAUUCCUAAUCCACUUACAUUCUGCAUCAUAUUUAAAUUCCUUGUCCACACCUGAGAUGCAAGUUUACUGCUCUAAGGGCCCAGUCCAAAGCCGUUGAAGGCAAUGGUGAUUGCUCUGGCUUUUUCCAUUCACUUCUAUACAUGGGGGAACUAUCCCCCUUCCUGACCUUGUUUUCCAUAAUCCAAUCUUAAAUGCACACACUCCUAGAGGCCUACAAAUCAUAAUGCUCCCUUCAAAGCAACAUUAACAAUAUAAAUAAGAAGAGAGUUGGACACCAAAAAACGCUCUUUACAAAACAUGGAACUAAUGAAAUGUGUGGCAGCAUCACUGCUCAACAGCAUGUCUUUUUGUUGCAGUCUGGUCCCUUUCCUUCAUUUGUACCUUUUCUCUUUAGAUUGUAAACUCCUGAGGGAAGAGUAUAGUGUCUUGUAAACCAGCUAGCACAUUUUUGGCAUUGGAUAAAAAAUAUCCAUGCAUUGAUGUGCAUAGUCCUGAUCUGUUGGGUAGUGUCGCUCAGAUGUAGUUAGGACAAAUGGAUUGGAAGUCAUUGCCAGCUAAUGGCAAAAAUUGUUCUUAAGACAUAUAUAUGUCUUAUAUAGAGGACAUAUAUAUGUCUUAAGAACAAUUUAUAUAUAUAUAUAUAUAUAAAACAAGAAUAUUAGCUCUUCAAAAGAUUCAUUUUAAUUAACCAGCGGGUGCCUUGUUUUCUUAAUGACUGAUUGGGAUUAUUAUUUAUAGGUAUUUUAAAAUUCUAAACAUACAUGCUAAAACACUGUUCUUAAGAGUUUUAAAAUAAAGUGUAAAAGUUAAAAUAAGUUGUAUUUGUGUCAGUCUGAUUUGGGAUUAAUGACAAAGUUUUGUUCUGGGAUUGGUUACAUUGUGGUCCUCAUAGAGGACAGAUUGCUGGAUUAAAAAAUAUAUUAGGUUAGAUUGUCUCCUCUCCUGAACAAUCCUCUUAUGCCAAAUUUCUCCAAUUAGUCCCCCAAUCAGAUGUGAUAUUUACAGACUUUUAUAGAAAUUGAGUAUUCUACUCUCAUUGUUCAAAAUAUAGUGAUGCUGCUGCUGCUAUUCAGCACUGGACACAUCAUCUCUUUAUCCAGUAUGAUUAUAGCACAAAGAUCUCCUGAAAGUAGUAGUCUAAAAUGUAUUACUUACAAUUUACAUCUUCUACUUUUAUUUUUAAAAAUUGACUUUAGAAGUCUAUUGAAGUUGUGUUAUUAAUGUUUAUACUAGAAUAUACAGUACAAAUACUGUUUGAGAUCAGGAUGUUCACUGCUAUUGGCCUUUAAAUAUUGGUUUAAUCUUUGCCCUUUUGCAGUCCUUUUUCAGAAUGCAAAUUUGAUUUGGACCUUUAAAAAAAAAAAAAAAAGGUCCCAGCAUGAACGAACACUACCUGACAUGCUCCAGCAACUCUCAGGGCUGAUUUAUCCUUGUCAUAAAGAAGGCUGCUUUAACUUAGGCUGGCUAGCAACAGCCUUCAAGGGCUGUCUGUUAGCUGUGAUCACCAGAGAACAAUAGAAUUUCAGCAAAAGUCAUGCAUUACAUAAACCAAUUUGCUAUGUAGAAGAUCUUAUUGGCUCAACAAAGGUUUAGAUUGUGGUUCUGGCUACUCAGCCAGCCAGAGGAGUGGCUGAAUUAACACUGCCGGGAGAGUGACUCCAGGCAGACAUGGUAGGGCAUGUUCUGGGUGCGCUAUAUUACCCUUUGCCCCUAACAAAACAAAUGGGCAGGGAUUGUGCACAGCUAUGGUGGAACAGGUUGGGUACAAGAAAAGAGAGCUACAGCAAAGUACUCCUGACCCUACCCUACAGCAAGAGGCCUCUCUGAGAUGCAAUACCACCCUGAGUUUCUCCUAGGAUGGUGCAAUUUACAUAUUCCCCCUUACUCUUCUUUACACAAGAAACUUUUACCAGGAUAAUAUCGGUUAGAGGCAUGAUUCUUUACAACAUUUUUAUAACUGCAAGAGCUUUAGUGUAAAUACAUUUAAACUGUCAAAAAUGUCCUUAUGCCACUUUAUUUUGUUUGGGGAACUGAGUUAUUUUGCCACAAUGAACCAUGUCUCCACUGGGGAGUGGGGGUGCUGAUAUAGCUGUCUCAGUAUAGCUAUAGUGGGAAAGCCGUUCUAGCGUAGACCUGCUGUCUAGGCUCAGCCUAGUGACUCAAUCUAAGCCAAAAGGGGAAAAAAAAAUCUUAAAUUCAGUGUUGAGUUCAGACAAUAUUUUAAGCACAUUUUGCAAAUAGGUGAUUGAAUGCCUUGAUGCAUAUUAUCUGAAUUCUAAUAUUGAAAGGGUUCUGAAUAAUUAUGCUCUUUAAUUCAAAAUGACCUGUUGUGUGCAGAUACUCACAGUUUUCUAAAAGAUCAGUGAUCCUUCAAACACAACUCUAAGUGUUUACUGUGUUCAAGGAAACAAGUUUGUUUUUAAAGUCUUUAAAAAAAAAAGGCUUUGCUAAGCUUUCCAUUUGAUAUAUGGCCGGAUAAUACAUUUUAGUAUACAGCUGUAUUUCAUAAUGGAACUUAUGCAUUUGUGACAGAGGCUAAUGAGAUUACUGUGUGUAUAAUAGAAAUGUAAGUGGACAAACUAUUUGUAUUGGUUUCCAGAUCAGACACCCUUUGAUUAAUUUCACUGAUGCAGGAUAUGUUUAUAAUCAGUGCUGACAUUUUUUAUGUUUACAUCAGUCAAGUCAAUAGUUUACAGGAAGUAUACAUUCAAAACACAGAUCUGAGUUUUGAAAGUGGAGCAUUUCAUGUCCUAUUAAAUGAACAGAUGACAGAUGUUUAAGAGAAAUACAUUUUUCUGAUUGCAGUUACUCAGCCUAAGUAAAGAUAUUUGUUAGUGAUGAUGAGGAUGUUUUUAUAUAGUUUUGGGUUUGCAUUCCAACUGGUGGGUGAUGGAUAUGUGAGGCUACAACUGGCCUCUUCCUCACCCCCCCAAAACCCCACACAAUUUUAAUAGAAGCAUAGAAAUAUAGAGCUGGAAGUGAUCUUGAAACGUUGUGAAGUCCAACCUCCUGUGUUGAGGAUGGAACAAGUAAAUCUAGACCAUCUCUGACAAGUGAUUGUACAACCUGUGCUUGAAAAGCCUUCAAUGCUGGGGAUUCCACUGCCUCUCAGGGUAACUAUUGCAGUGCUUAACUACCCUUAGAGUAGAAAGUCUGUCCUAUUAUCUAACCUAAAUCUCCCUUACAGCAGAUUAAGUCCAUUACUUCUUAGUCUGCUUUCAGUGGGCCUGGAGAACAAUUGAUCACCAUCUUCUUCAUAACAGUCCUUAACAUACUUGAAGACUUAUUAUCAGCCCCCCCCCCUCUGUUUUCUUUUUCUCAAGAUAAACAUGCCCUUUAACGUUUCCUCCUAGGUUAUAUUGUCUAAACUGAUCAUUUUUGUUGCUUUCCUCCAGACUCUUUCCAAUUUGUUCACAUCUUUCCUAAAGUGCCCAGAAUUGAACACAAUACUUCAGCUGAGGCCUCACCACUGCCAAAAGAGAGAGAGAAAAUUACCUCCUGUGUCUGACAUACAACACUUCUCUGAAUACACCCAUAAUGAUAUUAGUCAAUUUUGCAACUGUAUCGCAUUGAUGACUCAUAUUCAGUUUGUGAUCCACUAUAGUCCCCAAAUUCUUUUCAGCAGUGCUACCACUUAGUCCCCAUUUAGUAGUUGUACAUUUAACUUUUUCUUCCUAAGUGAAGUACUUUGCACUUGUCUUUACUGAAUUUCAUCUUAUUGGUUUCAGACCAAUUCUCUAAUUUGUUAUGGUCAUUUUAUAUUCUAAUCCUGUCCUCCAAAGUGCUUACAACCCCUCCUAGCUUGUUGUCAUCUCCAAAUUUUACAAGCAUACUCUCCACUCUAUUAUCCAAGACAUUAAUGAAAUGUUAAAUGGUAUUGGACUCUGGACUGACUCCUGUGUGUCCCCACUAGAUACACCCUGCCAGUUUGAUGGCAAACUUGUUGAGAACAGUUUUUCAAACAAUUGUGCCCCUACCUUAUAGUAUUUUGAUCUAGACCCUAUUUCCCUAGUUUGCUUAUGUGAAUGUUGUAUGGGAUUGUGUCAAAAGCCUUAUUAAAAUCAAGAUAUAUCAUG